AUGGCGCCAUCCGUGGGCCACCUGCAUAAGCUGGUGGCUCGCAAUUCCAAGCUGCUCAAGGCAGCCUGGAGGAAGACGCAGCAGCUCAUCCAGGACAAACUUCCUCCCUCCAUCCGCCCCGCUGAGGCGCAGCUCGCCCCGGCCUACGCCCGCAAUGCUCCACGCCACCCGUUGCACCGCAUCGCCCAGCUCAAGCAGACCAAAGGCCGCUGGUACUCUACCCACAGCUUCAUCAACGCCACCGUCCGCCGCUUCACCACCGAGGCCCGUCGCUCCGUCAAGUACGAUCGCGCGAGCUUCCCUGCCUCCAGCGUCCGUGCCGCCAUCGGCCAGUCCCCCGGCCGUGCUCCCUUUGCGUCCACGCUCCGGCCAAACCUGACCGGAGGCACCCUUGGUCGGACCGCGGGUGGAUAUUCUCUCGGCGGCGGCCGCGUCGGCGGAGCGCGUUACUUCUCGCACACGCCUGCUGCCCAGGCUCAGGUCGUGCAGAACGUCUCACAGGCCGUCCGCGCCUUUCUGAUUGGUGGGAAGAAGGCCCAGUUCGAUGGCGUCAACCCAAGGACGGGCGAGAAGCAGUGGCUUACCGUUAGCGCCCUCCAGGACGAGGUUGGCCGCACUAUGACCAAGGUUCCCAAGGCCACGCCGGGCUCGACUAUCGAGUUCUCCAUCAACCCCACCGUCACUGCUCUCACCCCUCUCUCCGCCGUGACCGGCUUCUCCGGCAGCGCCGAGAAGAUGACGCUCAACACCGACGGCCUCCUCGACGUGCUGUCCGCGGACUUCUCCAGGGCCUUGAAGGAGCUUGCUGCCGUGCUGAACGACUUGAAGCGCCUCUCAGCUCUCGGGGAUUUGCCCAUCACGUACCACGACUCGACGUUAUGCAUUCACUUCCCUGGCGUGGAUGCGGACACAGUCGAAAGGCUAUGCGAUGAGUUGGGUGUGCAGCGCGGCUUCAUUCGACAGGAUGAAGAGUUUGACGGCUUCGUUGGCACAGAGAUUGCUCUCAUGUUCCCUUUUGCGCCGAGCAAGACCCCAUCCGAGGCGUCUUUUCUCGCAAAGAAGCCCGCCCACGAACGUCCCAUGUACCAGGCACCUAUCGAGUGGCGCAGCAUGCUCGCCGCCGGAGACGAUGCGAUGAGUUCGGCAGGGCUCUCCACCCUGUCGGAGACGGGAAAUGACUAUGAAGACGUCUGCGAUGAAAAUCCCUGGGCUUCGCCAUCUGCGCCUUCAGAGUUUGAGAGCCUGCACACGAGCCAUGCUCGGGACAGCGCCAUUUCCGACGCAUAUUCACCGUUGGAGUACCAAGGAUUCGAGGGCAUCUACCGCUUCAUUGAGCAGUGUGACAACGCCCCUCGCUUCCCCUGA